AUGGCGGCGGCGGGAGCCAUGGAACGGAGCUUCGUGGAGCUCAGCGGAGCUGAGCGCCCGAGGCCGAGGCAUUUUCGGGAAUUCACAAUUUGCGGCAUUGGGACCGUGAAUGCCGUGACCGGAACGGUGAAAUACAGUGAGAGCGCAGGAGGCUUCUACUAUGUGGAAAGUGGUAAAUUAUUCUCAGUCAGCAGAAACAGGUUCAUUCAUUGGAAAACCUCAGGAGAUACAUUGGAGCUGGUAGAGGAGUCACUGGAUGUAAACCUGUUGAAUAAUGCAGUUCACCUCAAAUUCCAAAACUGCAGUGUCUUACCUGGAGGGGUGCACAUCUGUGAGACUCAGAAUCACGUGAUGAUCUUGAUAUUAACCAAUCAAACAGUGCACAGGUUACUUUUACCACACCCUUCUCGGAUGUAUAGGAGUGAGUUGGUAACUGAAAGUCAGAUGCAAUCAAUAUUCACGGACAUUGGAAAGGUUGAUUUCAGGGACCCGUGUAACUAUCAGUUAAUUCCGACUGUACCUGGACUGUCCCCUAAUUCUACCGCCUCGGCAGCCUGGCUUAGCAGUGAUGGGGAGGCUCUGUUUGCUCUACCAUCUGCUUCUGGAGGAAUCUUUGUUCUUAAACUACCUCCUCAUGACAUACCUGGGAUGGUGUCAAUUGUGGAACUGAAACAGAGCUCAGUAAUGCAACGAUUACUUACAGGCUGGAUGCCAACAGCUAUCAGGGGUGACCAAGGGCCUUCAGAUCGACCCCUCAGCCUUGCUGUUCAUUGUGUUGAACACGAUGCCUUCAUCUUUGCUCUGUGUCAGGAUCAUAAACUACGAAUGUGGUCUUUUAAGGACCAAAUAUGCCUGAUGGUGGCCGACAUGCUAGAGUACAUCCCUGUGAAUAAAGACCUGCGGCUCACCUCUGGGACUGGACACAAGUUGCGGCUUGCUUACUCCCCUUCCUUAGGACUCUACCUGGGGAUAUACAUGCAUGCUCCAAAACAUGGGCAGAUUUUCUGCCGAGGAACUGAGAGAAAAUUUGAUCUUUCCUGGAGUGAACUAAAGAAAGAAGUGACUUUGGCUGUUGAAAGUGAGCUCCAAGGAAAUGUGACAGAGUAUGAAUUCUCACAGGAGGAAUUCCGAAAUUUACAGCAGGAGUUCUGGUGCAAGUUCUAUGCCUGUUGUCUUCAGUAUCAAGAGGCCCUCUCGCGCCCCCUUGCCCUGCUUUUGAACCCACACACAAACACGGUGUGCCUGCUGAAGAAGGGAUACCUGUCUUUCCUUGUGCCCUCUUCAUUAGUGGAUCAUUUGUAUCUCCUGCCUGAUGAGAACCUUUUGACAGAGGAUGAGACAGCCAUAUCUGAUGAUGUGGAUGUUGCUCGGGAUGUUACAUGCCUUAUAAAAUGCCUUCGGAUGAUUAGAGAAUCCUUAACUGUGGAUAUGUCGAUUAUGAUGGAGAUGAGUUGUUACAACCUACAGUCUCCAGAGAAGGCUGCAGAACAGAUUCUGGAAGAUUUGAUCACUAUUGAUGUAGAAAAUGUGAUGGAGGAUAUUUGUAGUAAACUGCAAGAGAUUAGGAACCCAAUCCACGCCAUUGGACUUCUUAUACGAGAAAUGGACUAUGAAACAGAUGUAGAAAUGGAAAAGGGAUUCAAUCCAGCUCAGCCUUUGAAUAUUCGCAUGAAUCUUUCCCAACUUUAUGGUAGUGGCACAGCCGGGCAUAUUGUGUGCAGAGGUGUGUGUAAAAUUGCCAAUACUCGCUUCCUGAUCUGCCGAGACCUUUUGAUCUUACAGCAGCUGUUAAUGAGGUUAGGAGAUAUGGUGAUUUUGGGAGCUGGUCAGCUCUUUCAAGCUCAACAAGACCUGCUGCAUCGAACAGCUCCCCUGCUCUUAUCUUACCACCUCAUUAAGUGGGCAAGUCAGUGCUUGACAACUGACGUUCCAGUUGAUACACUGGAAUCUAAUCUCCAACACUUAUCAGUACUGGAACUAACUGACUCCAGUCCUUUAAUGGCAAAUAAAUUUGUAUCUGGCCCUCAAACAAUUGUGGAGUUAUUCUUCCAAGAAGUUGCAAGAAAACACAUUAUAUCUCAUCUCUUCUCUCAACCAAAGGCAUCUCUGAGCCAUACUGGGAUGAAUUGGCCUGAAAUGGUUACUGCAAUUACCAGUUAUUUCCUGCAGCUUUUAUGGCCUAGCAAUCCUGGUUGUCUCUUUCUAGAAUGUUUGAUGGGAAAUUGUCAGUAUGUACAAUUGCAGGAUUAUAUUCAACAACUACAUCCCUGGUGUCAGGUCAAUGUUGGUUCCUGUCGAUUUAUGCUGGGACGGUGUUACCUGGUUACAGGAGAGGGACAAAAGGCUCUGGAAUGUUUCUGCCAGGCAGCAUCUGAAGUAGGCAAAGAGGAAUUCUUAGAUCGCUUGAUCCGCUCAGAAGAUGGGGAGAUUGUGUCCACCCCUCGGAUGCAGUAUUAUGAUAAGGUUUUACGUCUAUUAGAUGUUGUUGGUUUGCCUGAACUGGUUAUUCAGUUGGCUACAUCUGCAAUAACAGAGGCAGGUGAUGACUGGAAAAGUCAGGCUACUUUAAGGACCUGUAUUUUCAAACAUCAUUUGGAUAUGGGUCACAACAGCCAAGCAUAUGAGGCCUUAACCCAAAUUCCUGAUUCCAGCAGGCAGUUAGAUUGUUUACGGCAGCUGGUGGUAGUUCUUUGCGAGCGUUCCCAGCUACAGGAUCUUGUAGAGUUUCCCUACGUGAAUCUGCAUAAUGAGGUUGUGGGAAUAAUUGAAUCACGAGCCAGAGCUGUGGAUCUUAUGACUCAUAAUUACUAUGAGCUUCUAUAUGCCUUUCACAUUUAUCGCCACAACUACCGAAAGGCUGGCACAGUGAUGUUUGAGUAUGGAAUGCGUCUUGGCAGAGAGGUUCGAACGCUGCGGGGACUUGAGAAGCAAGGCUCCUGUUAUCUGGCGGCUAUUAAUUGUUUACGGCUCAUUCGUCCAGAAUAUGCAUGGAUUGUGCAGCCAGUGUCCGGUGCAGUGUACAAUCGCCCUGGCGCAUCCCCCAAGAGGAAUCAUGAUGGAGAAUGUACCGCUGCCCCGACAAAUCGACAAAUUGAAAUAUUGGAACUGGAAGAUCUGGAGAAAGAGUGUUCCUUGGCUCGCAUUCGCCUCACUUUGGCUCAGCACGACUCAUCAGCAGUUGCAGUUGCAGGAAGUUCUUCAGCAGAGGAGAUGGUCACCCUCCUGGUCCAGGCUGGCCUCUUUGACACUGCCAUAUCACUCUGUCAGACUUUCAAGCUUCCCUUAACCCCAGUCUUUGAGGGACUUGCUUUCAGAUGCAUCAAACUGCAGUUUGGGGGAGAGGCUGCACAAGCAGAAGCCUGGGCCUGGCUCGCAGCCAAUCAGCUCUCGUCAGUCAUCACAACUAAGGAGUCCAGUGCUACUGAUGAAGCAUGGAGACUAUUAUCAACUUACCUGGAAAGGUACAAAGUUCAGAAUAACUUGUAUCACCACUGUGUAAUCAACAAGCUCUUGUCUCAUGGAGUGCCUCUGCCUAAUUGGCUUAUAAACAGUUACAAGAAAGUUGAUGCUGCUGAGUUGCUCCGUCUGUACUUGAAUUACGACCUUUUAGAAGAAGCUGUGGAUUUGGUUUCAGAAUAUGUGGAUGCUGUAUUGGGAAAAGGACACCAGUACUUUGGAAUUGAGUUUCCACUGUCUGCAACAGCCCCAAUGGUGUGGCUCCCUUACUCCUCUAUUGAUCAGCUUCUCCAAGCUCUGGGAGAGAACAGUGCCAAUAGUCACAACAUCGCAUUGUCUCAGAAGAUACUUGACAAAUUGGAGGACUACCAGCAAAAAGUUGAUAAGGCAACGCGGGAUUUAUUAUAUCGUCGGAACUUGUGA